AGAUGACGGUCUGCAGGCUGUGUGUCUGUGAGCGUUCUGAUGACUGACUGACUGACUGAUUGGUUGGCUACGUGUUGUGACGAUCUCGCUUCCCUCCCCGCCUCCCUCAGUCGAUCCAAUCAAUACAACUGUACACACACGAACGAGGUCACAGUGUCACAAAUGACACGUCUACCUCGACACCCCCUCUGAAAUACGACAAAACAUACGCUCACGGCCAUCCAUCCACCCACCCAUACACUCACACAGACACACACACCAGUUUGCGACACAGAAAGUGGCGUUGAGUUGCUGCACCAGCUCAGAUGUCCUGAGUGCAUCGGUCGGUCGUCUAGCUCUCAGCAAUGCAGGCGAACGCUUUUGCAAAGACCACACUCGAGCUGGUGCAGCGGUCAAGUCCUCCUGGGGACAGCUCCCGGGCCAUGAAGACCUCCUUUGGGUACUCGGUCUCAAAUCGGGCGGCUGCAUCCACAGAGAAGCCGAACCUCUGAUAGUACUGAGGCGCCCCGACCACAAAGGCCGCCAGCCAUUGGCCGUCUUGUUCCAGCUCGGCCAGGCCUUGCUUGAUCAAAGCAGAGCCGAAGCCAGUGCCUUGGUGGGACCGCAGCACCGCCACGGGGGCCAAUGUCACACACUGGAGGGGCUGCUGCAGGCGGGAGAACAUGACGUGGCCAACGACCUCUCCGCUCUCAUUGUUCUCAUUGUUCUCAUUGUCCUCGGCCACCAGAGCGACCACCACAUCUCCGUCUUGGCGAAGUUGGUCCACCAGCUCACUCUCGCCGCUGUAGCCGUACUGGGAGCCGGCGAAUGCAGUGGCCACGACUGCACGAAUGGCGGUGAAGUCACUGGGCUGCUCUGGUCUUAUCAGCAUCAUCCAGUCAAGUCAAUGGCUUCCUGCAAGCACACGCGCUCCACAUCGGACAUGCUGAACCUUUGUCGUCGCUGCGGGCUGUCAUCGUGUUUUACCUGGACUUCAUCAUUUCCUCAACCGCCGCAUCCUUCCCACCAGAUGUCAGUCUAAG